CCUCAAUUAAACAUUGUCUCUUAAUCACUCAUGACAAAUCGACGUUUAGACUACUACGAUAAUGAAACUAGCACACUAGACACGCCCCCUUUUCUACGACUAUUAAAAAGCCAGGUACACAAUUCACACCGAAAUACGACUCGCUGUCUGCAAGUAAGACAAUAUUUCAGUGCUAGAGCAAAUGUUACCACAUGAAGUCAAAGCAUGGUAGAUGGCCCAAACUUUAUAUGACCUUACAUCGCGGACAUAAUCCAAAAUCGGACCACUUGUGGAGCGCGACGACUUCAGUUUUCUCUUCUGUAUAUGAUUUAUCAUAGGCUAGUGAAGCGCACCUCAACGAGUGACAAGACAUGCCAUCCUGGACGCUGUUAACUGCUUUGCUCAUGUGGAGCAUUCUGGCUUUUACUGGUGGAGUUGAAAUUGGAUGUAUUGAUUGGGACGCCGCUGAGAAUGACCAAGUAUGUUGCAAGGAAUGCCACACAGGAAACCGUCGGGUGGAUAAAUGUGGUAUAGAUCCAGAGAAACUUUGCACUCCAUGUAAGAAUGGCACCUACACCAAAACCAAAUCUGCUUGGUCCUGCGACAGAUGCAACCAAUGUGUGGAUCCACAAAUUGAGCUGAAGCCCUGUCACGGGACCACCGACACAGUGUGUGGGUGCAAGCCUGAGUACCGCUGUUUUAAACCCGACUGCUUGAUGUGUAUGAGAGAAUGCGGCAAAGGACAAGAGCCAGUCGACGGACACUGCAAGGAAUGUCCAAAGGGGACUUUCAAUGAUCAGAUUCAUCACCUAUGUGUUUCGUGGACAAAAUGUCCUUCAGGGCAGGUCAUUGUGACUGAAGGCACCGCCUUCUCCGACAACAAGUGUGAUAUUUCCAACGAGAUCAACCAAAUUACAGUACCUCAGAUACGAAAACGUUCGACGACCUUACACCCAAUAGAUGCAGAUGAUCAGAAUAUGCCACUGGUAUGGAGUUCCUUGGCUAUGCUGUGCUUAUUCUUCAUUUUAGGCAUUUUUGCCAUAUUUCGUCUUAUUGUUAAAAGAAAUAAGACAUCCACCAAGGUGCCGAUCACAGAGCUGCCUAAAACACCAGAGCCCCAUACCCUGAUGACCGUGGAGCAGGAGGAGUGCAGCUUCUGCAGGCCGCAGCAGGAGCAGGGCAGCUUUGAGUCCCUCUCCACCGUGGACUCCAUGGACAAACUCCUGCCUCCUGUCUGAGUCCACUGGCUGAGGAGGAUUCUGGGGAGGUCUCCAAGGACAAAACAAAUGAUAGCAUCUGCCAGAUGUUGUUGAACCAUGCCACACUUGCCAAUUGGCCCUCGGGAGAAGGCUGCCAGGGACCUGGCACUGAACUUGGCUCACACAGUUUGAACCUGCGCCGUGAUGUGUGUUUUUCAUCUGAUGUAGUCUUCCCACCGAUGCCUGGACACACAGAUGAACACAAGACUAAACCUGUGUCAUAUCAGAA